GAUACCUUCACUUUCCUAAUCAAACGCCUCCAAAUAUGGUGACGCCACAGAUGAUGUACGAAUCUUGUUUUGAGCGUUCACUAUGAUUUUCCUAAUUCCCUAAAACAGAAAGUAAAAUGUUUCCAAAUUGAUUUAUGCUUCCUUUAUCGUCACACUACCAUCUUAUAAAAAAAGUGACGCACAUUUUUGCCCUUUUCAUUUCUAGUUAGUGUUUUUGUUUGAUCAAACAAAAAGGGUAAAGUUUACUUAGAAAGAAGGGAGAAUGUCAGGUUCUCAGUGCUGCUCAAACCCACCAACAUUGAAUCCUCGAAGUGGAGUUGGUCAUGUUGAGGAGCUUGCUGGGUUCAUGACUUAUGUCACUGGAUCUUUUGACUCCAAACUUGCUGUUCUUCUUGUCUCUGAUGUUUUUGGAUAUGAGGCACCAAACCUAAGAAAACUUGCAGACAAGGUUGCAGCUGCUGGGUUCUACGUGGUGGCUCCUGACUUCUUAUAUGGAGAUCCCUAUGUCCCCAAGAGAUCUGGUAGACCUUUAGGUGUUUGGCUAAGGGACCAUGGAGUGGAUAAAGGUUUGGAGGAUGCAAAGCUAGUAAUUAAUGCUUUGAAAAGUAAAGGGGUUGCAGCAAUUGGAGCUGCUGGCUUCUGUUGGGGUGCUAAAGUUGUGGUUGGACUGGCAAAGGAUGCUCUUAUCCAAGCAGCUGUGAUGUUACAUCCUACAUUUGUGACUGUGGAUGAUGUCAAGAGUGUGAAGGUUCCCAUUGCGAUACUGGGAGCUGAGAUUGACCAAAGAUCUCCCCCAGAACUUGUGAAACAGUUUGAUAAGAUCUUAAGUGCUAAACCUGAGGUUGAUAGCUUUGUGAAGAUAUUUCCUAAAUGUGCUCAUGGAUGGACCGUCAGGUACAAUGUUGAUGAUGCAGCAGCUGUGUCGCGUGCAGAUGAAGCGCAUCAAAAUAUGCUGGAGUGGUUCACCAAGUAUGUUAGGGCUUUGCCGCGGACAUUACAGCAUGCAAGUUGUUUAUAAUUGGACCAUGUGGAAUCCUCAUCUGCAAGAAUGACAGAACAUUCUACGCUGUUGAAUCGGUAAAAGGGAAAGAGUGGGAAUCAUGUUAUGUCUUGAUCUCUGAUCUCAUCUUUCUUAUCCAUUACAAAUUCUAAGAACCACCGAGGGAAUUCAUAUUUCGAAAUAAUGUUGGGAUUAUACAGUGAGGGUUCCGAACUUUUGAAAUGUCUACUAUAAAGCAAAAGUUAUUUAUAUUACUUGAAAUUCAUGAAUGUGAUGUAGAUAUCGAGCCCAUUUUUUCCUCCUACACAAAUGAUUGAAGGAAAAAAAGAGGUGAAUUGGACCAUUCAGAGUCAAGAAACUCACCAGGGUUAUACCCGACGGCUUCAACAGACUCGUCUCAUGGCUGUAAGUAAAUAGUUAUGAACAGGAUUUUGUUUGGAAUGAAAGCUUGGUGUCUAUACUAAAUUAUUCCAAUUAUGCAUUUUGUUGAAUAACCUUAUUUUCCAUCUUUUAUUGACUGCAAUCCAACCCAACUCUUGUGAUCUAUUAGUUUUAUGAUAUAUAUGCUUGUCAUUUUUUAACUUUUUUUUUUAUUUUUAUUCUGUAAUACGAUUGACAUUAACUUUUACAUCUAAUCCGCUCUUCAUAUCUUUAAAGGUGCAUUCUCACAAAAGAUUUUAAAAGCAUACUUCCUAUAUCAAUAUGGUUGCAUUCAUAAUUUAUUUAUAAAAUCUUCCUAUUAAAAUCGAACUGUUUAAUAAGAAAAUAUAGAACUCCUUUAAAUUUUACCGUAAGAUUAACUCUUGUGAUUCGUGAGUAUUUUGUUUCGGAUGUUGUACAUAAAUAAAGAUAUGUAUUAAUAUAUUUUUAUUAUUAUUAUUUAAGCAAC